UGCAUUGAGCUACGGGGGUGAUGUAUUCUUUAUAUAAGUUCUUGAUAUAUUCUUUGUCAACGUUGUUCUCACCGUUCUGUCAAACUCCUGCAAAGCUGUAUCUGUCCACUUGACUAUGCCAAAGGUAAACAUGGCCACAGGAACUGCCCAGGUAUUUAUACAUGCCCAGAUAUGUUACUCCUAGAGCUGAGCCCUGUUCUGUACACCUUCUCAAGUCUUUGCAGAGUCUUUUGAAUUCUUUUCUUAUGACAGUAUCAGCUCUGCAUAACAGCAAUUUGUAUUCAUCUCUUGCACAAACUCUUAUUAUUAUUAUCACAUUAAUUGCCGUUCUCUGUACUUGAUACUUACUUGAUACUUGAUGUCUUCGUCUUUGACUGGGGGUACCAGACAGACUGUGUCAAAGGUUUUAAAGUAGAGGCUCCUCAGCCAGUAUUGAUGAUCUCAAUAACCACCUAAUAUAUUAUAACUGUAGCCUUUAUUAGUUGUAGUUCUGUAAACAGCAGACAUCUUGCUGUUAUCUAGAUCACAUCUUGUAAAGAUAAAGAGUAAGCUAUAUCAACCGGGGCUACAGUAUGUUCAAGUGUCAAUAAUAUUUUAUUCAACGAGCGUUAGUGAGUCACUCACUUUUGACUUACUGAAGGCCAAAGUCGUUGUCCGUCUGUUUGUAUGUUCUACAAUAACUGUAAAGAGAAUUAAUCAAUCAGCUUAAAAUUUUAAAAACGUAUUCUUUGAAACUUCUUACAGCUCAAGUUCCAAGUUCGUUGGACAACAAAAUUGACUCACUCCUUCGUCAUUUUUCAGGAUAUAAAAAUAACAUUGAGAGUGUUUAAGAAAAAAAUUGUUUUGAUUUUAUGAUGUAGUCAGCUGGAAUUAAUUGCAUUCUAUUUCUAUAAUUUUUUCCAUUCUUUUAAAAACAGCUUAUGCUAUUUGGGAGAUAUCACACAGACUGUAUAGGGGUAUAGGUACUCAUUUAUUACAUUUUUGUAUCAUUUAUUAGUAUCUUCAAAUGUUGAGAUCAUUGAAACGGUUUGAGAUAUUGAUGUGCGGGUCUUGCCAUUAAUUGUCUUUUGAAAUUCUGUAUCGAAAUCAUGUAUCACAUAACUACCUUCCCAUUUAAAAAAAUGAAGCUGGAUUCGAAAUGAAGGAUAAAUUCAAGACGGCGGACAAAUGUAUUGAAGCGACAGAAAGUAGUUGUUUUUUUUUAAAUUGGAAUAGAAUCCCCAUGGAACUUACUAUCAUAUCAUAAUUUUUUAAAAGAGAUAUUUAGCUGUUUCCAUAAUAAUUCUCACCAACUCUGUAUAAUUACAAGUUGCGGAUUUCAGAGAUCAGUACAACAGUUCAUGAGCGAGUUCUUCAGCCCAUGGGGUCUCUAGUAUAUCCCUUUUUUAUUGUUCUACUGCUAGGGAAUUGAAGGGAGGAUAACCUAUGGUAUCAAAAAACUAUUUAGGUCUACUGAAUACAAAAACACUGCUCUUCGAUUUGAACAAUUUUCUGAGGACAGAUCAACUUUCCAAGCACGAAAGCCCACCUGUUGCUUACUAGGUUUGGCUAAUCAUAUCUGUGUGUAAGUGCACCUGCCGUCUUUUAUGGAAAAAUUAACGUUUAUCAAAAAAAUCAAUGUAUUAUUGAGACAAAUCAAGAAGUAGAUAAAAACAGCUGAGUAAAUGCAUACUCCAAUCAAAUAAUUCACAAGUCGCCAAGAGAAAGACUUUUUGAAAAAUAUUAAUGUUUAUAAAUAUUAGGUUAUAGAAUUAAAAAUAUUCAUCUGUGAAUAUAAUACGAAAACCUGCGGAAAGUUUUUAUUUAAAGUGUUUUUAUAAGAAUGGCAGGUGCAGUUGGAGGUUUGUGGAAUGAUUCCUCAUUCAAGAUGCGUUAUUUACCCUUCAAAGGUUCUUGUCAACUAAAUGUUGAAUCUCAUGGAGAAACGCCAAUAGAUUUUGUAAAUCUCUUUAUUGAUGAUUCAUUUCUCGAUUUGCUUAUUUGUGGAACAAACGAAUCUCUAAAAGUUAAAAAUAUGAAUAAUCCGCCUUGUAAUCAAGAUUACUGUUUACCAGUUGAUAGAACUGAAAUGAGAAUAUUUUUCGCUUUCAUUCUUUACUCUGGCAUAAUAAAAUUGCCACGAAUUGAAGAUUUUUGGAGGAAUGACAGCUUUUUCAAAAUUCAAUAUUUAACGGAAAAAAUGAAAAAAUUCAGGUUUCUGACACUAUUAAAAAACAUUUGCUCAUCAAAUAAAAUAGAUAGCACGAUGUCAAAAGCAGUUGCUAAUAAUCUAUACCAAGUAGAACCUUUGGUGUCAUUUUUCAAUAGAAAGAUGGAUAUUUUUUUACCAAGCAAGCAAAUAUUUAUAACUGAGCCAAUUGUUCUUGUGAAAAAUGGAUUUAAAUACAAAAAUGAACUUCCAAGCGCCAGUUUAAAAAAUAGUUUGAAAUUGUUCGUUUUGGCAGACUGCUCAAAAUGUAUACUAAAAAUUUUUAUGGGCAAUGGAAUUGACGAUCUUCAAGAAAAUGAAAUUUUAAAAAUUAGUAUUGCAAUGAAACUGUUAGAAAACCAUUUGGAUAAAGGUCACUCAUUGUAUAUGGACAGAUACUACAGCAGUCUGGCACUAUCCACUAUACUGUUGGAUAAAUCUACUUACUCAAAUGGAAUAAUAUCGCCCGCUCAAAAACAUUUUCCCAAGACGUUGGUAGCAUUUGAACUACUUGAAGGACAGCUGGCAGCUAAAUAUUCAAAUGGAAUUUGUGUUUCAAAAAUGAGAGUUGGUAGUGAGGAAAAAUAUUUCAUUUCUUCAGAGUUCAAUGAUGAGAAGAAUAAAGUCCAAACUAAAAAUGGAAUAAAGCUGUUGCCAAAAGUUGUUUGUAGAAUAAAAGAAGGUAUUUCUGCCUAUACUGCUUUGCAGACAGACACUUCAGAGCUCUACCCUUUUGAAAAGCAAUUUUUCAGGUGGCACAGAAAGGUGAUUUUUCAUAUACUCCAUAUCAUGAUGAUGAAUAGUUAUUAUCUCUUCAAGCAAUUUUCUGGAACAAACAAUACUGAUAUGGAUUUGUACAACUUCAGAUUGCAUGUAAUAAAGAGCUUUAUUAGCAGUGAUUCGAAAAUCGGCACCUCUAACACAAAUUUUACAAAUUUCCAUAAUCCAAGGAGACUAAAAUCCGAAAGUGCAUGCAAAUUAUGCUCUAUGAAGAACGUUGCCAAAUCUUCAUAUUUUUGUUGCCUUGAUUGCCAAGAUAAACCGUUCCUUUGCUUGGAGCCUUGUUUUAAAAUGUAUCAUGAAAAACGCUGAACUAUAUACGACCCAAAGUCAUUCAAAUGCUAUUAUUUUCUUAUCUUACAAACAAUUGAAAUAAUUUUUGCUGAAAAUGUAGCAAGUUUUGCAAUGCAAUUACUUCAUGCUCAUAAAUUAAAAUAAUUUCUAAAUAAAUUACUGCAUUGUAAAUAAGAGUUUGUAGGAUACGUUUUUUUAUUUAUCAUUAAUUGAAAAACUAUUACUAUUCAAGGAUAUUUUAUAAAUUGUUGUAAGCAACACUAUUUA